UGUGGUUUGACGGUCGCGUCUGAGAAAGCAUUAUUUUUCAAUCAAAUUUGCAUUUCCUAUUUAUAUAUGCAAAAUAACAAAAAAUCUAGUAUUUUAAAAGCAAAGUUGGUGAUAACUGCUGGGUAUUGAAGGUUUUAUUUGAUAAGACCAUUGGCUAGAAUGUGUACCGGGUAAUGUUCAAUCGCACAAGUGAUCACAGUCAAAUUUUCUACGCUGUGAAGAAAGACGUGUCGGGGUUGUUGCGUCUCGAUUCAGCGCAAGGGCGACGAGACAAAUCGUGUCAUACAUCCGGGCUAAACCGGCGGCAUUGCUACUGUCGAUUGUCGUCAUCGAUAGAAUAAGACAAAAACAAAACUGCACUACGCUUUUCCUUUUUCCUGCACUAGCCGCUUUCCGUGAGUAUAGCGUAGUGUUCUUGGUGCGAUUACUUUGUUGGUGUGAUACUAGCGAAGAAAGAAAGCCGGUGUAGAAGAGAAAGAGAUCGCCCGGAUAAAAAUAGUACGUGGAAGUCAACCGGACAUACCAAGCAAUUCCCAACCGGAAUCGUUACAGCGGUUACCAUUCGGUGCACGGCUUGACGUAGACAGCAGAAGACGACGAUCUCCGGGUGCCUUCCCGCGACACCAGCAGCAGCAAAUCCUGAACGCCAGAAUGUCCGGAACGACCGGAAAACGUAAGGAAAUCUACAAAUACUUGGCACCGUGGCCACUGUACUCGAUGAACUGGUCGGUCCGGCCGGAUAAACGCUUCCGGCUGGCGCUCGGCAGUUUCGUGGAAGAGUACAACAAUAAGGUGCAGAUUAUCAGUCUCGAUGAGGACACGAGCGAGUUCAGCGCCAAGAGCACGUUCGAUCAUCCGUACCCCACGACCAAGAUCAUGUGGAUUCCGGACUCGAAAGGAGUAUUUCCUGAUCUUCUGGCUACCAGUGGAGACUACCUGCGAGUUUGGCGUGCUGGCGAACCGGACACGCGGCUGGAAUGUGUUUUGAACAACAACAAAAACAGUGACUUUUGUGCUCCGCUCACUUCGUUCGACUGGAACGAGGUAGAUCCGAAUCUGGUCGGUACUUCGUCGAUCGACACAACCUGCACCAUCUGGGGGCUGGAGACGGGCCAACCGUUGGGUCGAAUCAAUCUGGUUUCCGGACACGUUAAAACUCAGCUGAUUGCACACGACAAAGAGGUGUACGAUAUUGCGUUUUCUCGUGCGGGCGGAGGUCGCGAUAUGUUCGCUUCGGUGGGGGCAGACGGGAGCGUGCGAAUGUUUGAUCUACGUCACCUGGAACAUUCGACAAUAAUCUACGAAGAUCCGGCACAUACGCCGCUGCUGCGGCUUGCCUGGAACAAACAGGAUCCCAACUACUUGGCAACCGUCGCGAUGGAUUCUUGUGAAGUUAUUAUUCUGGAUGUGCGAGUGCCGUGCACUCCGGUUGCCAGAUUAAGUAACCACCGGGCUUGCGUGAACGGAAUUGCUUGGGCACCGCACAGUUCCUGUCACAUUUGCACUGCAGGCGAUGACCAUCAGGCGCUGAUUUGGGAUAUUCAACAGAUGCCACGGCCGAUUGAGGAUCCGAUUUUGGCCUACACGGCAGCCGAAGGCGAAGUCAAUCAAAUCCAGUGGGGGGCCACGCAGCCCGAUUGGAUUGCUAUCUGCUACAAGACGGCCUGUGAAAUUUUAAGGGUUUAAAAGCUGACGACGUACUUUUAUUUUAUCAAAUUGACACUAUUGUACAUACUGAAGACUGAUUUGAGCUUUUUUUGUUUUGUUUUCUUUACUCUCCUGUACGCUUGCUUAUCACUUACAUUUACGGAGCUUCCAGUGUCACGUAGUAGUAGCUAUUUUGUUUUAUCAUUUUCCACCCAACACAAUGCCCGGUGCCCCCUGUUUAUUUGUACAUAUUAGGCGCAGUGUGCUCAGCUGAAAAACCGAUCUUCAAACAAUCAUUGAUACGAGAGAAAAAAACCACAAUCACGAGAUAAGGCAAGCAGUGAAAGCAAGCCUGCGGUCAUUACUCGGACCCCAACUCGCUACUCUUAGCGACCAAUCGUACUGUUUUCUUUCCGUCGGGCCCCGAACAGUGGUUUCCCGCAAAUGCAAUCCCAGUAAUAGUUACAGCGCAUUUAGCGGCCUAUAUAGCCAAUCUUGGAGACAAACAAAAAAAAACGAGUAACAUUCUUGUGUUCAUACAUCGGUCUAACAAAAGUGUCGAGAGCGGUGAUGGCGGUUGGCUUUCUGUAGGUUCGCCGCGUAUUCUAAUUUCCGGCCGUGUAUCGCCGGGGAUGAACACGAAAAAGUAAAUUCUACAAAUUACAUACAAACACACAAACACAAGUAACAAAACCAAUUAAUUUUAAGCUAGACUCGUAGGGAAGAAUAACAAAAUAUAACAUAUAAAAGAUUUACACAGUUUUCAAACUGGUCUGCAUUGGUAGUACACACACACACACAUUUACUUAAUCUGCUAAGUUUAGAGUAAAUACUACAAUAAAAGUAAUACAUUUUUAUGAGAGUAUCAUUGAAUCGUAACACUAAAUGCUAACUUCUAUGAAUGAUCAUUUUAAUAAGAUCGCAAUAAAUAUAACAAACCAUAAU